AUGGAAUCCGGUCGUAUUUUCUUUGACCCCUCGUACCAUGGCAACAUGUUAUUUCUUGGCAACGGUGACUCUGUUUAUCGAGGAGCAAGAUCGGAGAUGAAAAUGGAGGAAACCUCGAAGAGGCGACCUUUUUUCAGCUCGCCGGAAGAUUUGUAUGAUGAAGAAUAUUAUGACGAACAAUUGCCGGAGAAGAAGCGCCGUCUCACUCCUGAGCAGGUGCACUUGCUGGAGAAAAGCUUUGAAACGGAGAACAAGCUGGAGCCAGAUCGCAAGACCCAGCUGGCUAAGAAGCUAGGCCUGCAGCCAAGGCAGGUGGCGGUGUGGUUCCAAAACCGCCGUGCACGGUGGAAGACCAAACAGCUCGAAAGGGAUUAUGAUCAACUCAAGUCCUCGUAUGAUUCUCUAGUGUCCAAUUAUGACUCCAUUCUCAAAGAUAAUGAGAAACUGAAAGCUGAGGUUCUUUCCUUGACAGAGAAGAUGCAAGGAAAUGAGGCUGCAGGAGAGAAAUCGAAUCCACUCCCGGUGGAUGCUCCAACCGAUACCACCCCUGUCCAACUCAAUGUGAAGGUGGAGGACCGCCUCAGCAGCGGCAGUGACGGAAGUUCAGUGGUCGAUGAUCAGGAAGGUCCACAGCUUGUGGACAGUGGGGAUUCCUAUUUUCCGAACAAUUAUUACAUGGGUUGUGUGGCCGCAGGGGUGGAGGGUAUUCAAUCUGAGGAGGAGGAUGGCAGUGACGAUGGUGGCUGCUAUUUCUCGAAUUUGUUAGUGGCGGCCGAAGAGCAGCGGCAGGAGGAGGAGGUUGAGCAACUGGGCUGUAUUUUUACGGAUCUGCUGAUCAAUUUAUCUGCCAUUUUACCGUCGCCGCUUCAUCAAUCUAGGUAUCUACUAUACAUAAUGUCAGAGAUCGCUCUCAGAGAUGUCAAUACAAUACCUGGAUCUGAGAGGAAUGGAAACUCUGGUAAAGGAAACUUGAUGAAGCCUCAAGUUGAGCAAAUGGAUGAAAACAUUGAACAAAGUCAAAAGACAAAGACAGCCUCCUUACUUGUAACUCCCAUUAAGAAAGAUGAAACAGAGAAUAAUGGAGUAGAGGUGGGGAAUUCAGAAGUAGAAUACAUUGAAUCUGAGAAUUUGAAUACUAUAGAGGACGUAGAGAAUGGUCUGAAGACACUCCUAUCCAGACUAGACUCCAAAGACUGGGUUUCAGUGUGUGAGGCACUUAAUGACGUACGCAGAUUGUCUAUAUUUCACAAGGAAGCAAUUGUUGGCAUGUUGAAUGAUGUGAUGCCCUUAGUAGUGAAAUCACUAAAGAAUCCAAGAAGCGCUGUUUGUAAAACUGCAAUUAUGACUUCUGCUGACCUUUUCAAAGCAUACAGUGAUGACAUCAUCAAUUCACUGGAUCCAUUGCUUGUACAACUUCUUCUGAAAUCUUCACAAGACAAAAGGUUCGUAUGCGAGGCAGCUGAGAGUGCUUUGAAAGUUCUGACAACUUGGGUUUCUCCUGUUCUAUUGUUGCCCAAGCUGGAACCUUAUAUCAAGAACAGAAAUCCUCGAAUCCGGGCCAAGGCUUCUAUGUGCAUUUGUCGAAGUGUCCCACGGUUGGGAGUUGAUGGGAUCGAAGCCUUUGGGAUUGACAAAUUGAUCCAAAUAGGUGCAUCCCAGCUUAGUGACCGGCUUCCUGAGUCCAGGGAUGCGGCUCGUACUCUGUUGUUGGAGCUGCAAUCCGUGUACGAGAAAUCUCAUGUCCUGAAACCAAUUGCUGCUGCAUCUGAGAAACCAGAUAUGGCUGCCUCUUGGGAAAAUUUAUGUCAAUCUAAGCUCUCACCUUUGAGUGCUCAAGCUGUCCUUCGUGUGACCAAUAUUACACCAGAGGGACUUGUUUUGGGUUCAUAA